CCAACCCGAGCAACAAAUGGAGAUCGAUCGGGCGGCUUAACUCAUCUCGGACAAGAAAGAAGAACCCUAAGCGUCUCGCUUCGGUGGAACGGGAAUCUUCUUGUCGCUCUCGUUGGCUGUGCUUCCACAAGAUCCUGUUUACUUGAUCGUUUUCUGGAAGGAAAGAGGAACUUUCUUGAAUAGAGACCUAGCAAAAUGUCUCCCGUGGAAUCGUCGCGCGAGGGCAAUGUGUACAUGGCCAAGCUCGCGGAGCAGGCGGAACGGUACGAGGAGAUGGUGGAGUUCAUGGAGAAGGUGGUGAAGACGAUCAACGGGGAGGAGCUCACGGUGGAGGAGCGCAACCUUCUCUCUGUGGCCUACAAGAACGUGAUCGGAGCGCGCCGUGCGUCCUGGCGCAUUGUCUCCUCCAUCGAACAGAAGGAGGAGAGCCGCGGGAACGAGGAUCACGUGGCGUUGAUCAAGGAGUACCGCGGCAAGGUGGAGGCCGAGCUCAGCAAGAUCUGUGAUGGGAUCCUGAAGCUGCUUGAUUCCCAUCUUGUCCCCUCCGCCACCGCUACAGAGUCCAAGGUCUUUUACCUUAAGAUGAAUGGUGACUACCACAGGUACCUGGCAGAGUUCAAGACUGGAGCUGAGAGGAAAGAAGCAGCCGAGAGCACACUUUCGGCUUACAAAUCUGCUCAGGAUAUUGCUUUAGCUGAAUUAGCUUCAACUCAUCCGAUAAGGCUGGGGUUGGCACUUAACUUCUCUGUGUUCUACUAUGAAAUUCUUAACUCACCAGAUCGUGCUUGCAGCCUUGCGAAGCAGGCAUUUGAUGAGGCAAUUUCUGAGCUGGAUACAUUGGGUGAAGAAUCAUACAAAGACAGUACUUUGAUUAUGCAGCUUCUUCGAGACAACUUGACAUUAUGGACCUCUGAUAUUACGGAGGAUGGAGCUGAUGAGAUCAAGGAAGCUCCAAAGAAGGAAUCAGGAGAGGACCAGUGAUCACGAAUUCAGUUUCUUUCUAAUGAUAUAGGAUGUACCUUUUUAAGUAGAUGCUUGUGAGGAUCCUGUGUUCGUUGAUGUCUCUCUCCAAUGGGUUGAGGACAAACACAAUGUUUGAACUAAUACCUUCUAAACAUUGGUUUCUUGUCUGUUUGUUGUCUUCAUGCUUGUUCUACUGAGAGAUACAUAGGCAGGAGAUUAAAAUGAUUCUGAUUUUUGAAUUUUUUGUA